GAGCCGCUGAUGGGACAGAGGAGGGACUCACCUGGAGCUGGACUGUCCUCCACAGUGUUCCAGUUGACACAGAGGCGAUCAAACCACUAUGAAGAGUCUGAGGGCAAAGUUUAAAAAGACAGAGAGUCAGGACUGGAGUAAGGGUGAUGAGAGGCUUCUGCAGGCUGUGGAGCAAAAUGAGCCUGACAAAGUCUCCGCUCUCAUCGCCAAAAAAGGCCUCUGUCCCACCAAGCUGGAUGCCGAGGGCAAGUCAGCGUUCCACCUCUGUGCAUCCCGAGGCCGGCUAGACUGUCUGGAGGUCAUCAUCUCUCAUGGAGCAGAACUCAACGUCACUGAUGGCGCUGGUUUCAGCGCCCUUCACCUCGCAGCAAAAAACAGCCAAUCAGAGUGUUUAAAGAGACUUUUGCAGGAAAGAUUAGCAGUAGAUUGCACAGACAGCAUUGGUAGGACACCACUUCAUCAUGCAGCGGUCAGUGGCUGUUUGUCCUGCUCUGAGACCCUGUGGGAUUUCAAAGCCAAUCUGGAUGUCCAGGAUGGGGACGGUGCCACCCCUCUGAUCUUAGCGGCUCAGAUGAGCAGAGUGGAGCUGUGUGUCUUUCUGUUGGGUCGAGGUGCCAAUGCAAACAUACAAGACAACCAGGGAAGGUCUGCAUUGAUGCUGGCGUGUGAGAGUGACAGUGUUGAGACCGUAGAAGCUCUACUGAGAGGCGGGGCCAACACACAGCUGGUUGACACCCUUGGACAUAAAGCCAGUGACUACAGUGUAACCACGGGCAACCAACGCAUCAUGCAAGUAUUGCAGGAUGGAGUUCCUCCAGCUCCUGAGGGCGCAGGCGAGGAGAUCCCGGGUUUGCCACCCUCUCCACAGCCCCGUACUCAGGCUCCACCUGCCCAGUCCCCUGAGCCCCCGUCUGCUUCUCCCUCUCCCCAGCCUCCAGAAACACAGCAACCAGCCCAGGCAGAGGAUGAGGAGGUGUUUGAGGAGAUUCGCCGGCUGCGUCUGGAGAGAGGCCGUCUGCUCCAGAAGAUCAAAGCCUUGGAGCAGCAGCAACAGAGCGCCAUCUCUGCCUUGGAGGAGUUGACCCAGCUGAAGCAGCGUCUACAGGAGGCAGAAGCAGAAAGAGACAAGCUGCUUGAGGAGCUGAAGGGAGGCCAUGGUAUGGGGGCCAGUGACUCUGAAGACAUGGAUGAAAUGUUGGACUUCCCAGAGAAGCUGCUCUCCAAGCGCUCCAGAGCGUCCCCUGCUCAGGACGAGGCCAUUUCUCAAGGAGACACAGACUCAGCCAACGCCUCUCCUUCCCCUGCAGACCCAGGAACUGUUGCUGAGCUGCGCAAACAAAUAGAGGAACUUACCUCACAAAACUCUGAACUAACUCUCAAAGUGCAGAUGCUGGAGAUGUUUGAGAAGGACGACACAGACAUGCAGACGUCCAGCUCAGACUUUGUCCCCAUAGCUCAGUAUGAGACCCUGAGGAAGGAGUUUGAAGCCCUCCAGGAGCGCCUCUCUCAGGCCCAGGCUUCGGACGAGGCCUCCAGCGUGGCAGAGGAGCGUGGUGAUGAGAAGUCUCAGGAAGGAGUUGCGGAUGCAGAGAGUAUGGAGGCCCUGAAGGAGAAGCUGCGAGGUCUAAAGGAGCAGUUGGCCUCCUCCCAGUCUGAGCUGGAGGAGCUGAAAGAGCAGAUGCGCCUUGGGGUGCUCUCUGUGGAGUGUGGCGAAGGGGAGUCUGCAGUAGCAGGUGCUGGGGCUGCAGAGGGGGGUCCGAGCCAAGAGGCACAGCAGCUGAGAGCGAGAGUGACGGAGCUAGAGGAGGAGCUAGCUAAGAGACAGGGCGAGGCAGGCGGUCAGAGCAGCCAGGACAGUGACACAAUCAAACAGCUGACAGAGGAAGUCGAAGAACUCCGUGCUGCUCAGGCCCAGAGAGAGUCUGCAAAGAAGGAAGGGGAGAAAGACGGCGAAGGAGAAGAGACGGAAACAGUGAAGGGCCUCCGGGACAAAGUUGCUGAGUUGGAGGCAGCCCUGGCAGAGAGCAGGAUAUUGGGGAAAGAGGGAGGAGCAGCAGGAGAUGGAGAUCAGGUCCGACGUCUCCAGGAGCGCCUGGGAGAGCUGGAGGGGGAGCUGAGGAAGUGCGUGCCCCGCUCGGAGUUGGAGGAGGUGCAGGUGACUCUGGGGCUCCAGUGUGAGCAGCUGGCGAGGGAGAGAGCGGACGUGGCUAGAAGGCUUAAUGAUGCCCUCCUUGACCUGGAGAGACUCAGGCCUCCUCCACGCGGAGAUGAGGAAGAGGAUGAAGACGAGGAGGAGCACUCAGAGAGCUCAGAGCCCUCAGUCAUAUCAGAGCACUCCAGACGCACCAUGGCGGCAGUGAGAGAAGAACUGGAGGUGGCGAGACAGGAAGCAGCCCAGGCUCUGGACUGUCUGUGUGCCGAGCGGGAGGGCCGGGCACAGGACGCCCUGCAGCUGAAAGACGCAGUGCCGCUCUCGAAACAUAAGGAGGCGCUGUCUGCGGUGUCAGAGCAGCUAGCUCAGACGCUGCAGGAGCUCCAGGAGGAAAAGACUUUUCGUGGUCAGGCCGAGGAGCAGGCUGCCAGACUAGAGGCCAAACUGCAGGCCAUGCAGGAUGCCAUACCCAAAGAGGAGCAUGACAAGAUCAAGGCGGAGCUCCAGCGCUCCCUGCAGGCCAGUGAGAGCAGUGCAGCAGCAGCUCAGGAGGCUCUGAGUGAGAAGGAGAUGGAGCUGAGAGAGCUUAAGUCCCAGAAGGCUGCAGAGCAGGGUCUGAUCUCCAAGGAGGACCACGAGGCCCUGCGGCUCUCUCUGCAGGCCGAGAUCAACGCCGCCGCAGCCCGUUUUAAUGAUCUCACUCGCAAACAUGAGAAGACCUGCACCGAGGUGUUCCAGGUGCAAAGGGAGGCUCUCUUUAACAAGAGCGAGCGUCAGGCCGCAGAGUCCCAGCUGGCCACUGUGCAGCAGCAGCUAGCCGAGUUACAGGCGCAAUCCAGCCACAUCCAGGAGCUCCACAAGGGCAUCCAGGAAUCCCAGGGCUUGGUUAAGGAGAAGGAUCGCAAGAUAACAGAGCUGUCCAAGGAGGUGUUUCGACUAAAGGAGGCCCUCGGAGCUCUGUCGCCUCCUCUGGGCAUCACCUCCUCGUCCUCCUCAUCUACACAUCAUGGUAACCCUGGGCAGCAAAUGGCACUGCAGAACAGGAUCUCCAUCCUCACACAGCAGCUCCAGGAUUGGGAGAGAAAGCACAAACAGGUGGUUACGGUGUACCGGUCACAUUUACUGGCUGCUGUACAGGGUCGAAUGGAUGACGAGGUGCAGAGUCUGCUGCUCCAAAUCCUGAGGAUGUCACAGCAGGGACACUGAACCUUGUAACGUCUGCAAGUCUCUCUCCACCUCCAGUCCCUUUACAGGUCAGCAUGAAGCAGCUCCAGCUCAGCCACCUGUGGGACCAGAAAGCCAAAUACAACCAAUCUGUGUUCAGACAUAGCUGCAUGUGUACAAUACAGUAAUUUAAACAACAGCUGCAAAGCUUGACCGAUAAGAAAACAGUGAAAAAUAGAACUGUAGAGUGCCUUCAUGGCUGGAUGAGUUAAAUGACAGCAGCCUUUAUGUCAGGGGUGAAUACAGAGUGGUUAUGUAGAAGAUAGAAUCAGGUGCAUUGGUUGUGUGAUAAGCCUAUUGAUUUUAUACAAUAUUGUUAUAAUAAAAAAGAAAAAGAAAUCAC